ACAAAAAUGACAGACCUGCUCAACAGGCCCCUCUGCACCUUCAUUGGUUGAGACCCAACUGCCACAUUCAACCAGCCUGCUUCCUGCAUGACAAGUACUCUAUUUGAGAGGAAAUGACAUCACAGCACCAAGACCUGCCACAAAUACACUGAAAACCAAACAUAUUUCAGAUGAGUUUUGACUCUUGAGUUAGACACAGUCCAGUCUCUAUUCCAAAAGCCUAUGAGGCAAAACAAUCAGGCCAUAAAACAGCUUUGGACCGACACCAUGAAAUAUGUCUGCUGGGCACAAAGAGACUCCGCGAGACACUACAUGUCAAACUGGAACUGUUGUUUUUUUCUCUAACCCUUGGAUGAGUGAUGUGGAAUCAGACUGGUCUCAAAUUCAUGACGCAGCCUUUAAUGGACGUGUGCUCGCUCUGCAAAGACUCAUUUCCCAGGGUCAAUGUGUGAAUCUCAACACACUGGACCAGGUCUCUCCCCUGCACGGAGCAUGUAUACAGGGCCACGUGGCUUGUGCCAAGCUUCUGAUGGAAAAUGGGGCAAAUGUAAACAGUUCAACUGUGGAUGGACAAACUCCUCUGUCAGAAGCCUGUGCCCGGGGCCAUGUGACCUGCGCAUCGCUACUCCUUCAACAUGGAGCAACUCCCGUGGGGACCAGCCAGUCCAGCUCUCCAAUCCACAGGGCGGCAGCCAAAGGUCACCCAGAGUGCAUCGAGCCCCUUGUUCAGUUUGGUGCAGAUGUGGAUCAGUAUAUCGACGAAUCAGGUUCUCCUCUCCACGUUGCAUGCUCCAAUCUGCAUCUGAGUACAGUGAAGAAACUGCUUCAACUUGGUGCUAGUGUGAACAACAGUGCGUGUGGUGACUGUCCCCUGCACAUCGCUGCUCGUCUGUCCAGCCCAGAGUUGGUGUCUGUCCUGCUUGACCACGGGGCCGAUCGCUCCCUCAGGAACCUAGAGGGCAAACAGCCACUGGACCUCGCACCUCCCAACAGCCCCGUGGAGAGGCUGCUGAGACAAGCAGGAGGAGUGCCUCCUCUAAUGCAGCAGUGCCGGCUAGAAGUCAGGAAAACUGUGGGCAAGCAAAGGCUGGGUGGGAUUCGGGACCUUCACCUCCCCACAAAACUGAAACAGUAUCUUCUCUACCAAUCAGACCCCCAGGGAGAUCUAAUGCACUGAAAAAAUUCAGCCUUUAAACCUCAGAUUUGGAGCAUUUCACCUUUAGGUCAGUAGAGGGCAGACUUGCAUAAUCUUGCAGUGAGAUAGCGACAUCAUGGCUCAUGGCUGUGAUCGUAAUCAACUGUAAUUCUCCUUUGUGACAGACCUCUAAACAAAUUAUCAAGAUCAAUCUGAACUUUUAUAUGGAAACUUGUUGGUUGGAGCAGAAAACUACAUCUUGUUCUCUGGAGCAAGAUGCGAUCAUUAAAUCUUCAUAAAGAACAAUAUAUACAUAUUUAAAAUGAGAACAUGGGCUCAAAAGGUCCAAUAAAUGUUGCAAAAUUAAUGUUAGUUUAAUAUACUGAAAUGAUAUUUGUAAUAUCACACAAUUCCAUAUUCAGCUAAUAUUGCUUUUUUUGUUAUCUGUGACAAAAUGACUGUGAAUGUUUGGUUGCCGAGAUUAACUUUAUAUUGUUUUUGAUGCUGCUGGGUUGAGAUUUUUUUCAGUUUGGACUUCGAGUAGAUGAGAUAUUCUGCCACAUGAAAUCCUCUACAAGUCUGGUACAUGUCGCCCCUACAGAAUUCCUUGAUGUUGUUUAAUAUCUUUGAUCCUUAUUAUCCUUGUUAUCGCCAGCUUAGUCUUAUCAAAAGAUCCCCUGAUGGCGAACACACACCGGGAUGACAUGAUCGAUUACACAAAUGUAUUUUUUCAUAUUGUUACUAUCAUGAUUAAGUCAUACAAAUGAACUGCCAUUUCUUCAUUAUUUCAAAUCAAGAUAUUAGAUAUUAUAGGUGCCUCCUUCAGCCUGCAUGGGAAAGAUAUCAGAUGUUUCUCAAUAAUUUCAAACAUGGUCCUACUCUUUCGAGAAUUUAGUCUAGAUCAGUGGUUCUCAAACGC